AUGGCAAGUUUUCCGGAGAUCAUCAGUAAUACUCGCAGUAAACUACAGCGCGAACAUAUACAGCGCGAACAUGUACAGCGUGAACAAGUACAGCGCGAACAGGCACAGCGCGAACAAGUACAGCGCGAACAAGUUCAGCGCGAACAGGUACAGCGCGAACAGGUACAGCGCGAACAGGUACAGCGCGAACAAGUACAGCGCAAACAAGUACAGCGCGAACAAGUACAGCGCAAACAAGUACAGCGCGAACAAGUACAGCGCGAACAAGUACAGCGGGAACAAGUACAGCGGGAACAGGUACAGCGCGAACAGGUACAGCGCGAACAGGUACAGCGCGAACAAGUUCAGCGCGAACAGGUACAGCGCGAACAAGUUCAGCGCGAACAGGUACAGCGUGAACAAGUACAGCGCGAACAGGUACAGCGCGAACAGGUACAGCGCGAACAGGUACAGCGCGAACAGGUACAGCGCGAACAGGUACAGCGCGAACAAGUACAGCGCGAACAAGUACAGCGCGAACAAGUACAGCGCGAACAAGUACAGCGGGAACAAGUACAGCGCGAACAGGUACAGCGCGAACAGGUACAGCGCGAACAGGUACAGCGCGAACAGGUACAGCGCGAACAGGUACAGCGCGAACAGGUACAGCGCGAACAUGUACAGCGCGAACAGGUACAGCGCGAACAGGUACAGCGCGAACAGGUACAGCGCGAACAAGUUCAGCGCGAACAGGUACAGCGCGAACAAGUACAGCGCGAACAGGUACAGCGCGAACAGGUACAGCGCGAACAGGUACAGUGCGAACAAGUACAGCGUGAACAAGUACAGCGCGAACAGCGCGAACAAGUAAAGCGCGAGCAAGUACAGCGCAAACAAGUACAGCGCAAACAAAUACAGCGCGAACAAUGGCGUUGGACGUGGCGGCGUGCUGUUCGUUCACACUACAAGACAGUAUUCUGGGUCAGACUCAUUGCAUUUGUCAUGACCCGGAUCAGACUCGUCGUGAAAGCGACCACGCAUUGA